ACCGUCUGUCGUGGAACGACGGUGUUCCGUGCCAUCUGUAUAACCUAACUUUAACAUUUUCGCGGCAAAGUUUUUUCAAGACGUCAUUGUUAAAAAAUCACGUGUACAAAUAUUUUCACACAUGUAUGUGAAAAAGAAAAAUCAGCGUGUUUAAAACCGUAUUUAAAAAAGAAGCGUGUAGUUUAUGGUUUUAAAAAAAGAAUUUAGAGACGCAGAUAAGGAUGGAGAAUGAUUGGAUUCGUCGAAGGAUCCGCAGCCACCAGCGAACACCAUCUGGCUCGCGAGACUUCAAAGAGGCCACCAAGCGUGAUGCCCUCACCAGACUCCAAGUGGAACUGGAGAGGAUCCUGUCCACCAUUCCGGAGAACCGACGGCCUUUGGUGGAGAAAGAAUUCAUAGGGUUCAAGAACCUCUUCAAUAGAUUCCUUGCUGAGCAGGGACCCUCAGUAUCAUGGGACAAGAUCGAGAAGCUUCCAGAAGGCGCGGUCAUAGACUACGGUUCGCUAGAGACGCCGACCACAGACAACGUGCACCACAUGCUGGACAAGCUGGUCGUGGUGAAGCUGAACGGUGGUCUCGGCACGUCUAUGGGUUGUAAGGGCCCGAAGUCGGUGAUACAAGUCAGGAAUGAGCUUACGUUUUUGGAUUUGACUGUGCAACAGAUCGAGCAUCUGAACAGAAAGUACAAAUGCAACGUGCCCCUGGUGCUGAUGAACUCGUUCAACACGGAGGAGGACACUCAGAAGGUGAUCCGCAAGUACCAGGGCCUCAAGCUGGACAUCCACACGUUCACGCAGUCGUGCCACCCCAGGGUCAACCGGGAGAGCCUGCUGCCCGUGGCCAGGAGCGGCGACGUCCACGCUGAUAUCGAGGCAUGGUACCCGCCCGGUCACGGCGACUUCUACGAAGCGUUCUACAACUCAGGCCUCCUCCAGAAAUUCAUCAAGGAAGGCAGGACUUACUGCUUCAUCAGCAACAUCGACAACCUUGGCGCCACUGUCGACCUCAACAUCUUAAACCUACUUCUAAACCCUAACCCUCAAAGGAACACCAUCGAGUUUGUCAUGGAAGUCACGGACAAAACCAGGGCGGACGUUAAAGGAGGCACGUUAAUACAAUACGAAGAUAAACUGAGAUUGCUCGAAAUAGCUCAAGUGCCCAACGAACACGUCGAUGAUUUCAAAUCAGUCAGUCAGUUCAAAUUCUUCAACACAAACAAUUUGUGGGCGAAAUUGGAUGCUAUACAACGCGUGGUCGACCAGGGCUCAUUGAAUAUGGAGAUCAUUGUGAAUAAUAAACAUUUGGCAGACGGACUAAAUGUAAUUCAACUUGAAACAGCCGUGGGGGCGGCCAUGAAGUGUUUCGAUGGGGGCAUAGGGGUUAAUGUACCCAGGAGUCGGUUUUUGCCAGUGAAAAAGACAUCGGACUUGUUAUUGGUAAUGUCGAAUUUGUACAGUCUGACGCAUGGAUCUUUAGUGAUGUCUCCGCAAAGGAUGUUCCCGACAACGCCUUUGGUGAAGCUGGGCGACAAUCAUUUCGCCAAAGUGAAGGAUUUCUUGAGCAGGUUCUCUACUAUACCGGAUUUGAUUGAGCUCGAUCAUUUGACGGUGUCCGGCGAUGUCACUUUUGGCAGAGGAGUUUGUUUGAAGGGCACAGUGAUCAUAAUCGCAAAUCACGGCGACCGUAUCGACAUUCCGUCGGGCGCUCUACUGGAGAACAAGAUUGUAUCCGGAAAUUUACGUAUUUUGGACCACUAGGUCAGUGGGUAGUUUGCAGCAGUAAGCACAAUGUAGUUUAAUUCGUUUAAAAAGUGGCAAUUCGUGUGAAAAUGUGCAAAAGAUAGAAUUAAAUUUAUAUUUUUGAAUGUAUGAUUUUAUAAUUGAAAUUAUAAAUCACGGUACGUAAGAUUGCAAACUAAAUACAUAAUUUCGUUAUAUUAUAAACUUGUAAUAUUAUAUUUAUUAUUACAAUGAAACGAAUAAUUUUAGUUGAAAAAGAAAAUAAACUUAAUCAAAUUAGAACUUACGUAAUGUAUUUUUGAUAUAUUCUAUUCAUACGCAUUGUCACUUAGUAAAUAGGCUAUUGCCUCCCCUUAAUAGUAAUUAAUAUUUAAAAAAGUAAUAUGGGUUUCGUGUAAUCAUGUCCUUUUUUAUGGUUUUAUUACCAUUUUUUUAAAUAAUCACAUUAGUAUUAGUGAAUACGUUCCAUUUUUGUUUUUAUUUUCUUAACAAUUUUCAUAACUGCUGGCCAGUAACUUGAAAACAAAUAAGUUUUAUGCAGGCUGUCCACUAUCGGCGAAAGAAUGUACAUUGCGUAGUAUGUAUUUACCGCAAGGAAAAUCCAGCGAUGUACGUCGAAAUCACCAUGUUUUACGAACCGCUUACCGACAGUAAUAACCGGCAUUACAUAUUAUAUCUAAGUGUGUGCUUCGAUCAGAAAAAAAAAUUACAUCAAUGUCAAUUAUUAUAAAAUAUCAUUGACAGUUGUCAGUGGUAAAUAUGCAAAAAAUAUAUACAGAGUUGUUUCGUAUUUCUACAUUACGGGCUAAGAAAUAAAAAUAAAUCAGAUUCAAAAUCAAAAUUAAUAUAAAAAACAGUUCAAUAAACAUUACGUUUAGUUUCGCUUUCUAGCAAGUUUGUUUUCUGUGUAAGCAAGUUUAUCUUGUGUAUUCUUUAUUUACGUAAUGAUGCAACAGUUUGUACUGUAAAUACCAUAGACUAAACUUGUUUUAUAAAUUCAAUACGUACACUCUCUCAUUUUUAUUUUCUAUAAUUUCAUUAUAUAUCGUCUCACUAUUUUCUAUAAUUUUUCACAUUUUGCGUGUUGCGUAUUUAUUGGCUAUAUGUCAAAUUAUGGCAAAAAUUACGACAUGGCAAUUUUUUUUCUUAAAUUAUGAAGUGUUAUUAUAUACUUAAAGAUUGUUUAUUGGUAUCUAUUUAUAUUGUUGGGUUCUUUGAAAGAUCUAAGUCAUUUUAUCAAAAAUAACAAUUAAAAAUUAAUAUUAUUAUGUUUAACUUAUUUGACUAUUGAAUAAGUUAUUUCCGUGUUUUUAUUUAUUUUUAGUUUAGAUAAAUCGAUCUAAAUCGGUUAGACGUAUUGAAAUAUUAAUAAGAAUGUCACGCUAUAACUAGAAAGUUGUCUAUGAUUUUAUUUUAUAUAAUAACAACCUUAAACGUAAUAACUUAUGUACUAAAUAGUUUAAGUGUUAAAAACAUUGAUUCAAAUAUAAAUUAUGUAAUUUAUCUUGAUGAAUUUGUCUUAUGGAGUUUUGUUGAGGCACCAUUAAAAUAAAUUAUUUAAUAAACGAAUAUUUAAUUUAAAGAUGCUGUAUAUAUGUAUAUAUUGUUUUGUUAGUGGAUUAUAAUUAUUUGCUCUUGCUUAUAUAUCUAUUACUACAUAUAGAAGACUCAGAUAACACGUUUAUCGAUAAUAAAAUGUUUAUAAAAUAUGAUCUUUGUUUAUGUAACUAUUAUCAAGAGCAAAAAUCGUAACGACCAUCAUUGUUUUCGAUUAAAUAAUUUAUUUAUAAAGAGGGCGCCACUAGGCUCAAGUUUGUUGGCCUCAAAUUGUACAACCUGUGCCAUUUUCGUCAAAAAGUGUUGUAAUAAAUUGUUGCAAAUAUA